AUGUGUAUCUUAACGUCUAUGAUCCGACACCUGUCAACAGUUAACUCUAUUGCUUUGGCCUUGGCAUCUUUCACUCUGGAAUUCAAGGAAGUGUUUGAUAAAGAUAGGUUCAAGGCAGAUGACAAGAUGGGUCAUGCCACUCUCAGCCUUCAACCACUCAUAUCAGUUGCCAGACUAAGGCAUAUAGUGCGUGUCUCCUCUGGCGAGACAACGCUUAGGAAAGUGUUACCGGAUUCAGACAACUGCUUAUCUCGUGAGAGCACAAUCAGUUGCAUAGAUGGAGAGGUGGUGCAGAGCGUGUGGUCGAAGCUGUGCGCUGUUGAAUCGGGUGAGAUUGAGUUGAAGAUCAAGUUGAUUGAUCCUCCUCCUGGAACUAAAGAGUAG